AUGGCACCGCCCACACUGAAUAAAAAGGUUGAGUGCAUCCAAGGCGUUCGACUGAGCAAUUCUCCAUCCGCGUUAUCGGACAUUCAAGUUCACUAUCCCCUCAACUCUCCACAUGGCGUCAUCGGGUCUAUCACCCCGCAUCACUGUCCCACCGGGGUUGCAGUCGAGAGUGAUGCCCUUCCACUAGCCUUGCCUGCUCUCACCCAUCCGCAUAUUCAUCUGGACAAGGCCUUUGUCAACAGUGCUCAGCAAUAUGCUCAUCUACUUCCUCAACAAGGAGGAUUUCAAGAGGCCCUGUCGAAAACGGCCGAGGCCAAGCAGCAAUUCACCCGCGCGGACGUGAUUCAACGGGGUGAGUGGCUGCUUGCCGAAUCGGUGGCCGCGGGAGUGACAGCUAUGAGAGCCUUUGUGGAAGUGGACCAUACGGUCAGACAUGUAUGCCUUGAGGCGGCUGUUCGAUUACAAGACCAUUGGAAGGACGCCUGUGAAGUACAGAUUGUUUGCUUCGCGCAAGACCCCAUCUACUCCACAGACCAUGGGCCACAAAAUCGAUCCUGGAUGGAACAAGCGCUGAAGCAGUAUCCACAGGUGGGUGUAAUUGGAUCAACGCCAUACGUGGAAGCAACGAUUGCGGCCGCAAAGCAAAACAUCGAUUGGGCGGUCGGCAGUGCCCUUGAGAUGGGGAAACAUCUCGAUUUCCAUCUGGAUUACAAUCUGGAAUCGGGGAAGGAGGCGCUGGUCUGGUAUGUCUUGGACACGCUACGUGAACGUGGCUGGACUUCGGCCACCGGCAAGCGCGUCAUGCUCGGUCACUGUACGCGGCUUACGCUGUUCACCGAUGAAGAAUGGAGUCGAAUGGCACAGAUGAUCCAUAAGCAUGAUCUUCCAGUCAGCUUUGUUGGAUUGCCUACAAGUGACCUCUACAUGGCGGCGUCCUCCCCGGAGAAAUGCCCCCACAAUCGAUCUCGGGGUACUCUGCAAGUGCCGGAGAUGAUCCGCAAACAUGGUUUGGACGCCGUCAUUGGCGUAAACAACGUCGGCAACGCAUUCACCCCUUGGGGAUCGCUCGAUCCCCUAGCACUGGCUUGCCUAGGGGUGGGCAUCUAUCAGGCGGGCACUCAGGACGAUGCCAGACUGCUCUAUGAGUGCGUCUCAACUCGCGCGCGUGCAGCGAUCGGGCUUGCGUCUUCACGUCAAGGGGUUGAGCUUCAAGAAAGAAUGCAGGCCGAUCUGCUUGUGUUUCACCAACUCGACCUGACUGGAUGUGGUACCAUCCGUCCUCGCCGAACCGUCGCCGAGAUCGUGUGGGAUCCGCCGGCCCCAGUGAGCCGAGAUCUCGUGAUUAGAGGCCAUCUCAAGCGCUCCGAGCUUCUGGGUGAGCGAGGUGCAUCUCUUUAUGCGUGUGAAGAGUGA